CGCAUCGCUCCUAGCGGCUAACGUCCGAGUCGCAGGCUGCACUGCUGGCGGUGAACUCGUGUUUAUAAAAGGCUGACACCGGUGACAGGGGGCAGGUAGGUGCCGACUCUGCAGUCGGCGAGCACGCGAGCGAGCGAACGUGGGUGGCACAGCCUUCCCCAGUCCGUAGCAUGGCCGAUGCGGAACAGCAGCUGCCGCAGCAACAAGUGCCCGGGGAAGGGCAAGAGGAGGAGGUGGACCAGCCGCUUCCUGCUAUCGACGAACCCUUCCUCCAGGGUGUGCUGCGGAGCCACCUCCGGGACGACGGACUCGUCGUGGACAAAGUCGAUGUCGGUCCGGGUAGCGGACCCGGGGACAACUACAUGAGCACUGUGUACAGUGCCGUAGUGCGUGGCAAGACGGGACGACUAGAGGCGUUCGAGGAGCAGCUGGUGGUGAAGCUGUGGCCGGCGGACGCGAAGCGGCGUCGGCUGUUCCGCUGCGCUCAGGCGUUCAGCCGCGAGGCGUGCGGCUACGGCGAGGUGGUGCCGCGGCUGGGCGCCGCCGCUGCCGCGCUCUUCCCGCGCUGCCUCUACGCCUCGCCCGCCGGCGUCGUCGUGCUGCAGGACCUGCGCCCGCUCGGCUUCCGCAUGGCGGACCGCCGCGUCGGCCUCGACCUGCCGCACGCCGAGCUCGCGAUCAGGAAACUGGCCCAGUUCCACGCGACAACGUUGGUUCUGAAGAGGGACAGCCCGGAGACGGCGGAGCGGCUGAGGCGGAUGCUGCAGCCGGACCUGACGUUCGCGACGGCGGCGCGCCUCCUGACGAGCGACUCGGUGGACAACGCGGUCCUCAUGGCCGUGGAGUCGCUGAGCGACGAGCGCCAGUGGGACGAGCCGCUGCGCGCCGCCGUCGCCGCCGUGCGCCCGCUGCGCGACCAGCUGUACGACCGGCUGCGGCGGCUGCUCGCCGACGUCGACGAGGCCACCGCCGUCGUCUGCCACGGCGACAGCAGCGCCAACAACAUGCUCUUCCAGUACGACGACCAGCUGCGGCCGCAGGACCUGCGCUUCCUCGACAUGCAGGUGCUGCGGUACGCAUCGGCCGCUACCGACGUCAUGUACCUGCUGUUCACGACCGUGCAGAGUGCCGUCCUCAGCGAACACCUGCAGGACCUGGUGGGCGCCUAUCACGAGCAGCUGCAGCACGAGGCGGCCGGCGCCGCGGACCACAUCACUCUGGACCAUCUGCACUCGGAGGUGCAACGCCACGCGCUCUGGGGACUGCUGAUGGGCUUCUGGCUGAUGCCAGCGAUGAUGAUCAGUCCGCAGAACGUGCCCAGCAUGGAGGGCAGCGAGUCGCUGUCCAAGCAGCGCAUCAGCGAGUGGGCUCGCAAGCUGGGCCCCGACUACCGCGUGCGCAUCGAGAGCAUCAUGCGCAGCUACAUCACACUCCUGAGGUCUCGGCCAGGCGCCGAAACUGCCUAGGGGCCGGUGGCGGG